UCCAUGUUUCAUUUUCAUGUGUACUGUACUGAUACAUGUUAUGAUCGGUCUAGCCCGACAAGAUUUCCAGUCAAGCCUUCUCCUAAGUAAUUUACCAUGGUUUAUUCUCUCACCUAAAUCAAAUAACGCCGGUUGUUAAUUUUCAUUGGCUUCUAUUCUCUACCUCUUUAGCGACGGUUCCUUUCGCCCAAACGUGUGCCCUACUUAGAACCAUCCUUUGCUCUAUUUUGUACCUGUUGGUGAGGGAAGACAAAUGAUCUACUCAAUCUGGUGUCAUGGUUGAGCAAACUAUCCUAGAAUGGGUUGCUGAAUUUGUGGCUCUAUCCAAAGAGGAAAUUCACACAUUUGCAAGUCUGCAAAACAAUAAUGUCAAGGUUUCAUCGGCAAUUUAUUCCAUUUUUGAGGAAUGGAGCAAAUAUAGCAAGGUCCUGGACCCUGCUUGCAAGACACUAUUCGAGUGUUAUAGAUCAGGUGAAACUGAACUGAAGCGCUUCGUUCUCCAGUUCCUGCCUCACAUAAUUUAUGCAUAUUUAAACUGUGUUGCUCUAGGAGACAAGAAGAACUCUCGAGGAAUACAGAUGCUAAUUAUUGGCUUGUACAAUUUAGAGGUAGUUAACGAAAAUAACCAACCAAAAGUAAUUUCCUUCAGAUUACCGUCCUUAGCUCAGUCAUCAAUCUAUCAUGAGCCCAUGAGUCUAGCUCAUGCUUCACUGACAGAAAGUGCCCUGAAAAGACUGGAAGAAUGUGAUACUAAGCUUGUAAAGUGGGGUCCUUUACCACAGAUUGAACGUUUGAUGGCUCAAAAUAGACUGCAGGUUCUAACAGCGUUAUUAUUUGUAUACAACCAUAACAUCAGUACCCUCAAUAAACAUUCUCUUGAACAACUGUGUAAAAUAUCAUCAAAAUUAGUUUCUCAAGGAUUUUCAAAAUUGAAUAUUAGGUCUCAUACAUUCCAAAGUGGUUCGUUACCUCGGAUUCCAUUAUCUCCUCAAAUCCUCAUUGAAUUAAUACAUGGACUGUAUUUUGCAAUGUAUAACGAAUAUGGGUUUAUGGCUCUUCAGUCAAUUGAAGAUAUCUACCAACGAGCAAGCUACCACUGUUAUACGAAAGUCCUUCUCCUCGCCUCAGCAGUUAAAAAUACAUCUGUGGCAGCUCAUCCUACUGGGUUACCUAUGGGAAUUAGUGUUGAUCUACCCACAACUGCUACAAACACUACCACCAUCUCAAAAUCAAUGAUUACCAAUGCAUCAUUCAGAACGAAAAAAUUACCAGAUGACAUUCCGAUUCAAACCCCACAAGAAGGUGGAGGAGGCGAUGCAUCCACUGGAAAUCUCUCGUCGAUCAAUGAAGAGAAAGAAGACAUAGGUGUCAGUAACACACCUGAAAUAGCUCCGAAAAGAAGUUUGCCGAAACUAGCAGCCAACUUCGGAAAGAAAACGAAAGAGAAGUUGACAGCUGUCACAAAGAGCAGUGGCUCAGGGGGUAAAGGCAAUGUGAAAUUACCACCCAACCCUGCGACUACUGCGUUAAUGAACGGCGGGGAUAACUCGGAAACAGAUGAAAGUGGCGUUGACGUUGGAUUAGAGUCGUCCAGUUUAACUCUGGUUGAGAAUGGCAACACUCUAGAUCACAAUACACCCAUGAAUGCCAGAAAAUCCCAAGCAGGUCUCACUGUAGACAUAGAUGCUGCAAGGUCAUUGCAAGUCAGUGCAAUCUAAUCUCUCUCUUGAUAUUCUAUCCCUUUUGUAUUCUAAAUUAAGGUUAAUAGGCUCUUAUUUGUAACCCUCGAAGGUUUCGGUUAACAAGAAGAAUUAGGCUUAAUUUCCAAUUGUGGAAUUCCCCUCACAAAGAUAUAUCAGUAAUUAAGGAACCUCACUGUUAAAUUUAAUUUGCAUUCCAUGGUGUUUGAUUGUAAGAAUUAUCAAUGAACAAAGUUGAAUUUUGUGCCAAACAUAAUUAAUAAUCUUCUUGCUUUCCCAUGAAAUGAAAUUGUAUUUGCAGUCAGCUUUUUGCUCAGGUGGAUGAAUUUUUCAGAUGGGAGGGGAUUUGGCUCAAUCAAGGUGUCUUGUGGCAAGGGAAUUGAGAAAUUAAAACAUUUUUUAGGAAAACGGUCAAAAAUCAUGAAAGUUUCAUUUUUAUUAUCUAUUUAUUUUUUAAUGUGUUCCUGAAGUCUUUUAGAAGCUGAGACAAUCAGUUGCACGAAGAGUUCAGGGGCCUGUUUUGCACUAUAUAAGUCAAAUGAUCUUUUUUUUUAAAAAGGAUACACAAAAACACUAGACAUACCAGAUAAUAUGUAGUAGUGAGUCGAGGGAACAAGUAACUCAGAAGCAUGCAUUCAGACCUGUCACCAAUGAAACUGUUCAAUGGUGCUCGUUCUCAGCUCGCAGCUUGCCUCAGAUCACUCCAAUAUUCAGUCUGUUCCUUGAUGGGUGAAACUAAAUUUCUAUCCGCACAGUUCAGCCGUAAGUAAGGGUACAAUAAGUUGGGACACUACCUAUGUGUGUUCUGAGAUAGCUUACACCCUGAUCUUUACUGUGAAAUAAACUUACUUUUGUAGUAUGUGGUAAAAAAAUUCCCUCGCUUUACCCACUUCACGAUUUUCGGCAGUGUAAAAUCGGAAAAUGGUUCACUAGACCAAGUGCAAAUUUAAACUUUCAGACACAUGAUUCCUGACUAAAGUUUCACCUAGAACACAAUUCGUACACCAAAAAUUACUGAAAUUAACUCCUAACUGGACAUAUUUCUGUCAAACGGAACCAGAGACAGGUGGGGAAGAAGGGGUGUGCUUGUUAGUCGAAGGCUAUAAGAAUUAAUGGGAAUUAUAAAGCGCCCGGGACGUCAGCGGCGUCGAAGCUGCCACCUUGGUCGCUGGUCCUCCGCUUUAACUCAUGAGCCCUAUCCACAACGCUCUUGUCCCACGCCCACGACUCAUGAGUCUUGCAUACAGUUGGCACUUAGUUCCGUUUGGUAAAUUUAAAAUCUCGCUUCUCCAUUUUACUUAAAGGAAUCAGACACUCUUUUACAUUAUUUCUUAUCCAGCUCAAAACAAGCACUCCCCAUCUUUCCCACCCGCACACAAUUCUGUUUGGUAGAAAAACGUCCAACUGAAAUACUAUCGUUUUUAGUUUACAUUAGUUACAGGAAUUUUGAACUCCCUGCUUGCAAGAACAUCAAUAGUCUUCUUGAAUCAAAUCGUGCACUACAAUGGUUUUGGCAGACUUUUUAAUCAAGUAAUUUUCCCUCCCAAUUUUGUAUUGUUCAAUAGGUUAACAGGGUGUCUAUUCUACAGUACGGAUACACCAAAAAAGCAGUGAUUUCAAAGGGUUGGUACGGAAGUACGGAAUUGGUACGGCUUUUCGGUAAAAAGGCACAGAAAUUCGAAAUUUUUGUGACAAACUCUGGAAAGUAGCCUUGGCCAUAUGCGAUUUCCUAACAUAAUCCAUUUGUUAACGUUCCGGUUCGAUUCCUCGUGUUUUUCGGUUUAUUCCUUUGUCAUUUCAUCACUCCUCUUUUCCAAUUCAAAUAUAGUUAAAAAUGUGUUUGCGGUAAGAAAAAAGUGAGGAAAAGGUAAAGAAAAAACAAGGAUUUUUGAGAAUCGCCAAAAAAGCAAUUUUCGGGAAAGUGAGGAAAGAGCAAGGAAUAGGUACUGAAAAAGCAAGGAAUCUGAAUGACAGGGUACCAGUAGACACCCUGUGUUAACCACAUGCACCAGCUGAGCCGGAGCACCAAGUUUGAGGUUGUCAUAUUUUCAUACUGCAGAGACUGCCACGGUAAUGUUGAGCGAUUUAACUCACAUAUACUUUAGUUUUUUCUCAGGCGGUACAUUUGAAUCGAUGCAUGAAACAACGCAAAAAUCUUCGUCAGGAGUUACAUCCAGUUAUUUUUGAUGAAAAAAACAUUUUAUAUGUAAAAUUUGAAUGGGAAAACAUAUAAUGGUUAAAUUGAAGCCUUGUCUAGUAGUCCAUUGGUGGAGGUUAGCUCCUGGUGCCCAUGGCUCUCAUGCUAAAUUUUCUUGAUGACAAAAAAACUCUGAUUUUUGAUGUCCAACUUCUCUCUAUUUGGCUCUCCUCAAAGUAUUGACAGAGCGAAAGCUUGGCCAUCUAUAUGCCGCAAAUUGAUCCUUCCUCACCUUGUCAGGCUCUACAGCCUGUGGGUUUUAGCCAGAGGAACACUAUUGCACAGCUGCAUACUAUCUUUGAUUUCAAUCCUCCACCUUCAUAUGUUUCGUGUUUUUAAGUCUUUCUCCAGACAGAUGUCUCAGUUGUUGUAAGUAAAAAGUCUUUGUUAAGCGUCAGGUGAGGAGGGAAUAGACAUUUUAAAAAUUCUUUGUAAAAAUUGAAAAAUUGGGAAAAAUCCUGAAGAUUUCCAUUGUUGGAGAAAAAAUAUACAACUAAUCUUCAUGUGUGUCCAAUAUUUUGUUAGAAAGAAAGUAACGUGAACGUUUCUAGUCAUGGUGAUGAAAUCAAGUUCAUGAAUGCGUGCUUAUUAAAUUGUAUCAAAAUCGCAUGAUAAUUUCAUAUUAUUUCAUCAGAGCAUUGGAUGCCUAAUGCUUGCCAAAUCUGAUGCAAGUACCCUUCAAAAUAGUCUUUGAAUUUGUGCGGCUAUAUUUCUUGGGUGUUGCAGUUGUAGUAAUAUUAUUAGCUGCAAAUUUAUGGUCUUACUAGAAUUGCAAAAGCCUAGAGGUUUAAAGGUUGAAGAGCAAAGAAGGUGAAAAAGCAAGUAGCCAUGCCCACAGUAGUCCAUUUAAUGUACCCAAUUUGAGGAGUCGUAAAUGACGCUGAUGAUGAUGAUGAUGAUAUCUAAGAUUUUUUUAAUGUAACAAUGUGACAUUAUGAAAUAACUGAAGCAUUUAUUUUUUUGUGUAAUCUUCUCUGGCAAAAUCUGUACCUACCCAUUUGUUACCAUGUUAAUUUAGUUUAUCUUGCUUUUUCUUUUCUUUUUAGUGGUCCCUCAAAUUAUAUUUUCCUUGAUCUGUCAAAAAUCUCAGAAGAGAAAUAGUCAAGGAAGUUAGUGUUGUGGUAGGAAGAUAAAUAUUUAAAUUUUCCUGCACUGUGUGUAUAAAGGAACUUAGUGUGGGUGAGGGCAAUAAUUGAGGUGUAAUAAUUGAGGCGAUUUUUACCCUCCUCACUUAAAACGCUUGUAAUAUUGUUAAAAGUUCAAAUCAUGACUUAAGAUUUUAACCACAUGUUCUCAAGAUUUGUAGAAAUCAAUCAGCUCAUAAAACUAAAAAUCGAUAAUUUUGACCUAAAUUGCGUUUUGUCACUCUACUGAACUUGGCACCUCGCCGCAAGUCACCUUUUCCCAGGUGUAUCACAUUUUAUGUUAUUUUGUCUAAUGAUUGAAUGCCAUUUGAUGCUCUUUUUUCAAAGAUUCAGUCCUGUUAAAAUUGGGACUCAACUUCAAACUUGUAAAAUUACGAUCUGUUUUAUUUCAUUCGAUAGCAGUUAUGCAAACCUGUGAGCAAUGGAUUAAUGUAUGUCAAACCUAAGCUCCAUGUUUUUAAAAAAUAUUUGCAGAUCUAAUUGUAAAGGUGACAGAGGUCCCGUGGUUUUCUCUUGCUAUGCAGAAUAGUGUUUAAUAUCAGGUAGGAGGUAAGAAGUGACUCAUAAUCAGAAAGGAACAACCUCUAUUUUUAAAAUUGUAUUCUCCCAUUAUUCUACAGUGUUUUUGACCCUCAAAUUCCUAAUUCUUCUGUAUCCACUUAUUUCACUGUCUUCCCUCGAAAAACUACUAAAUCAGAGGGAAAAAAGGAAUAAAACAAGAAAGCUGAAGAGGAGGAUUUCUAUCUGUCCAUCGCCUCCGAAAAGGAUAGAAAGGAAAUUUGGAGCACAUCUUGAAAGAUUCAAACCAUGCUAAACUGUCCAAGAAAACAGUUAAUCUGAUUUUGUUUUAUACAGUUAUUUUAAUGGUGAAUUGAUCCAUAUUUAUUAAAAUAUAAUUAUUUGUACGAAUUUGUUGAAUAAAUUAGUAAGUUUUCUUGCUAGGAAUUGUUGUAACUGUUAAUAUUGUUAAUUAUUGAAAACUCUUGUAAAUUUUUGUAUGGUGUUUUACCCCUCAAGCUUUUCAUUUGCUUUUCAUUAUUGUUUCAUGAUCAUUUCAUUGGUGAAAAUCUCUCAAAGCUUGACUCAUACGGCCAAAAUUUUAGUUUGUCCAAAUAUUUGCUGAUGUACAUCGUUCCUUGUGCCAGAAUUACCUUUUUUGGUAAUUAAUUUUUUCUAAUGUGAGUCUUCUGUUGCAUCUAAGAGCAUUAAGAGCCUCAAAAGUAUUUAAUUGUAAAGUGUCUCAUUUUCAUCCUCAUGCCUAUUAAUUCCCCAUGUCCUAAUGAUAUGGGCGUAGUUUCAGGUCUCCUUAUCAUUAGGUUUCAGCAAAUCGCAAACAACUUUUAUAUAAGGACUCUAUUAAGACUUCAAAUGAGAUUUUCAAAUGCGUAAGUUAAAAAGAGGGAACAUUUCAAAGAUUUUAUGGAAAAGAAAUCUUCCAAAGAAAAACCAAAACCAGAAAAGGUUUUGAAAACCUUUUUUUUUUUUUUGAACUUCUACCGAAAAUGAUAAAUGUAAGAAAGUGAAUUCCUUUUACUCUAACACUUGGUCUAUCGCGUUAUCCUCUUUUUAAUGUUCUUUCAUGUAGAUGAUCAUAACUUAUUAAGAAGUUUGAUACACACUAGUUUUUACUAUUCACCUCGAAAUAUAUGUAAGUCUCUGAUUCUGAAGUCAUAAAAUUUCAAUUUUUUGCAUUUUAAGAUGACAAAAUUUAAUUUUUUCAAGUGAAAGUCAAGAUGAGCCAUGUACAUUAGGUUUUGUUGAGCCAGUUAUUUUUUGUUAUUUAAUUGUUUUGGUGUCUUUUUUAUUUUACUUGUUUACUCAUGUUAUUUUGGUGUAGGUCUUGCUAUCCAUUUGUAGCUCAGGAUACAGUAUCAAAAUGAGCGAGUGAUACCUUGAAGUGCAUUUUAAGCUUUACUUAUGUCUGCAAAGACCGUUCCCGGAGUCUUCUAAAGUCUGAAGCGAGUGAAAAACAGGAGGAGAAUAUAUGAAAUCAACCCCCUCUGUGAUUAUAUUUCUGAUCUUGAGUCAUGAAAAAGAGGUCAGUGAUGACUUUUUUUUUAUGUAUCCUAUUUCUUUUAAAGUGAAAUUUUUUUAAGUGGCAGUGACCAAACAACCUCUCUUUAAAGAAUAUUUUAAGGGAUUUGAAGCAAUAGAUUUUGAGGAUUUUAUUCAACUUUUGGCAUUUGUUCACAUUAUGGAAUUAGCACAAAGACAUGAAUAUCAUGAUGGAAAUAUUUUCAUUCCAACAUAGAUGCAAUUUUAUCUUUCAAAGCAUUUCAUUUGGCUCGACAGAGAAUGGGCUGAAUCUGCGUUACCCUUGAUUUUAAUUUAUUUUUGAUUUUUUAUCACUCGAUAAAUAUGAGUGUUUUUAAAGAUUAAUGACCAUCAAGAGAACUUAUUUUUGGUGGGAAGGAGUAAGAGAGGUAUACAUAAUAUCUAUGAUGGGCAAAAAAAGUGAUCAAAGAAGUAUAAAUAAGUGGUCUUUGAUUCUGUUUGUAUGAGCCACCUCUGAAUUGUCAUAACAGUAAUCAGUGGCACUGAAUAGCUCAUGUUUUCUUAAGAGAUCUAAUUCAUUUUGUUCACAGUAUCUUAAAUUCUGUAGCUUUUAAUUGCAUUUUAUUUCUACUCUUAGACUAACUAGAUAUCUCCGUAUAACUGCUGUCUUUAUUUUCUCCUCUCCUUCCUAUCAAGACCUCGUUGAAUUAAGUUUCUCCAGUAAUUUUCAUGUGUUCCUUCUAGUUUUUCACCUGUAGAAUUUGAAAACUUUCCUCUGUUUUAAUCCAAUAGCAUUAUUGUUUAAGACAAAACUGUUCUAUUAAAAUCCUGUAGAAAGCUGACGGGAAUUUUAUACUUAUAAGGAUAGUAAAAAGCUCAUUAUUUUCCUCCACUA